GGUUAUAUUGUGGCCGUGAUCGCUUCUCUGCAUGUGAUUUGCCUACUCAAUGAACUGUAUAUCGAGGCCCGGCAAUUACGGUUUCACGCCGUUUUACGGUCAGAGUGCUUUCGUCAAACAUGCGUGUAUGUGUUUGCCAUGGUGGCUCAAUCAGCGAUGUUUUUCAUGAUGGCCUUGGAUUACCUUCUUGCUGUGACGAUACCUCUCAAGCAUCGCAUGACAUCCUCGUUACCGUACGUAUUCUUCAUGUGUGUUCCACCGUUCUUACUUGCAUCUGUUAGUAUUGUCACGUCGAUAAUUUUCAUGAACAACGACCAAAUCAACUUUUGCACUCCGAUUCAAGGUCGACGAGAAACCGUAACAUCGCAGUCAUGCGUCUCUGAUGAAGCGAAGGUAAGAUUUUGCAUUGUAUUCGUAUUUUGCUAG